AUAAUGUAAGUACUGUGUAAGUACAUUAGGUACCUACCUACCUAGGUACCUAUGCACUGAUCUGCAGAAGUGGGGUGAGGGUGGCUUUUGAGAUUAAAUACAGGUACCUAGGUAGGUACUUACUUACAGGCAACUGGGGCAUAUUUAGUGGGAGCUCAGUGCUCAUCGCGUCCCGUCGCGUUUAGGCAGAGCGCGGACGCCAGCUACGCGUUGCGCCCUACCUGCACGCCAACUACACUACACUUCACAUGCACCUACUCCUCUAGUAAGAACCUUGGAAUUGAUAGUUCGAACGAUUUGGCAUUCAUCUGAAAUUGCUACUACGUACCACGGUCCAGGAAGAGCAGGAGAGAUAGAGCAAUACGCUUUUAAGUAUCUCUAGACCCAUGAUGCUGUUCGCCCGCGGGCACUUAAGGUACCUAGUAUUACGAACUCAGCAUCAAUCCUCGCUAGAACCGGGCCAAUAUCAAUAUGCCUUCUACAACCUCUUCUAAACGCUCGCGCCAGGUCGCUUUCAACCAGGACGCAUCUACCGAUGAUUACACUAUCACCGAAACCGCAGCGAGCUCCAGUCUUCGAAACCAGACGCAGCGAAAGAAAGCCCGUCUCUCUACCAACGACGCAGGUCGAAAACCUCCUAGGCGCAACCAUGUGGAUGACGAAAAUGACGAGCCUAUGCCCGAAGCCGAAGAUGAGCCAACACCCCCUCCGGCAACACAGUAUGAGCUCAUCCGCGAUCAGGACUUCAGACAUCUGGAGCACAUCGAACAAGACGACGAGCGCGCUACUCAGCGCCUUAGGGAACGCCCCACCAUCAUUGGCGAUAACCAUGCAGCUGACAAUGCCAUUAUCGAGAGCAUCACCUGCAUCAACUUUAUGUGCCACGUCAAGCUCCACGUCGAGCUUGGCCCCCUCCUAAACUUCAUUGUCGGCGAGAAUGGUAGUGGCAAAAGCGCUGUCUUGACCGCCAUCACAUUAUGUCUCGGUGGAAAGGCCAGUGCUACAAACCGUGGUGGCAGUUUGAAAAGUUUCGUCAAGGAAGGCACCGAGCAUGCGAGCCUGGUAGUCAGGCUCAAGAAUCAGGGCGAAGACGCUUACAAGCCCGAUCUAUACGGUGACUCCAUCGUCUGCGAGCGAUGGUUCACCAAGACUGGUUCUAGCGGCUUCAAGGUCAAAUCAGCCGCCGGCCGAAUAAUGUCCACCAAAAAGGCCGAAGUGGAUGAUAUAGUCGAGUGGUAUUGUCUCCAAGUCGACAACCCUCUGAAUGUCCUGUCUCAGGAUAACGCUAGACAGUUUCUAAAUGCCGCCACACCUGCAAUGAAAUAUUCAUACUUUGUCAAGGGUACUCAGCUUGAACAACUCGAUGAUGAUUAUAAGACAUUGACCCAAUAUCUCGAGGACCAGGAGAAUAAGCUAACUGAGCUUGAGGAGAACCUCGCGUAUCUGAAAGACAAAUACGAGAAGGCAGUCAAGCUGAGGGAUGCCGCCAGCAAAUCGAAUGAAAUGCGCAACAGGGCUCAUGUAUACAAGGAUCAGUUAGCAUGGGCUCAAGUGGAGGAGCAAGAGGAAAUACUCAAAAGAAAAGAAGAUGCUAUUGUUGCAGCACAAGAGCAAAUCACCAACACAUUGCAGAUAAUAGCUGAGAAAGCCCACAUACUUGAAUCCAUCGACAACAGGAUAAAGCAAGCUGAAGAAGCCUUAGAAACCGGUACCCAAGAAGAUGGCCAAGCAGAUGAUGUAGUACGAGAAGUGAAGGAACGCUUUGAAACUGCAAAGGAAGCUAUUGCAACACUGCAUUCUCAAGAAAGAGAAAUGCACGGCAGUCUUGAUAAUUGGGCCAAGACUGUCAAAAAGUACGAACAGUCGAUUCGUGAAGAAGAACAGAGGCUGGAGAAGAUGAAUGGUGGGAUAGUUACUGAGAAACAGAAGGAACUCGAUGAAGCUCGUCGGCACGAAGCGAGAAUCAAGGAGAUGAUAGCAGAACAUCGACCUGGCCUUAAACCCCUGGAGGAGGCAGAACAAGAAGCACUCAAUGAGACGAAAGAGCCCACCAGCAUUCUUGCGCAGAAGCGAAGCGACGUUCAAGCUGCAGAAUCAAGCUUGCGAGCUCUCGAUCAGAGACGAAAAGAUCCACUUGAUGCCUUCGAUAACAGACUUCGCCAACUUCUCAAACAUAUCGAGGAAGACCGUGGUUUCAUACACAAACCUAUUGGACCAUUGGGGACGUAUGUACAACUCACCAAAACCCAGUGGAUGCCUAUCCUUGAUAAGUAUCUUGGACCAAGUCUGAGUGGGUUUAUCGUCGAAAGUAAGCCAGAUCAGGUACGUCUCAUGGGUCACAUGGACAGAUUACGGAUUCAAGGAUGUCCUGUCUUCAUAGGGAAGGCAUCUCUAGACAAUCUGAGAGAGCCAGAUGCAAGAUUUAAUACUAUACUGAGGGUGUUGAAGUUUGACGACAAACGUGUGCGUGAUCAUAUGAUCAUCAAUCAUCAAAUCGAGCAAACCCUUCUUAUUGAAAACCGAGCUGAGGCAGAAAAUGUGAUGUUUGAUGGCCUUCCCGAAAACUCAGGGGUAUGCCUUGCUUUCCAGGAAAAGAAAAAGGGCCAUGGUACCCGUAUCACAAACAUUCGCGGCAAUCUUUCUACAAGUCCUAUUACGACUAAUAUUGGGCAUAAACCACGCAUGAAGACAGAUCAAGAUAGUCAAGUUCUUUAUUAUAAGGAUCUGGUGACGCAACUUCAGGCUGAAUAUCGGGAUCUCGAAGGUUCGAAAAGAACUGCAGAGCAGGCAGUUCAACGUGCUAGGCAAGCAGUCGCACAGCACCGCCGACGUAGCAAAGAGCUAAACAACGAAUUCACUAAUGCCCAAGUUGCCAUACAUCGUAUCGAGGCAGAGCUCGACAAUUUUGAAGGUAUCGACGAUAGGCUUCAAGGUCUCAAAAAUGAUCUUCAAGAAGCGCAAGAGAAGAAAGACCACUAUGGCAAUCAGUAUGCCGAAGUUGCUAUCAAGAAGCGAGAGAUGAAUACGGACAUCGAAAAUCUCAAACAAGAGAUUAAUGACGCUAAACUGAUGUCGCGAGAUCAUAAAGCGCAGGUCCUCAAAGCCAAGGAUAAGGUAAACAGACUUAAGGAAACCAGACACAUCGCUCUAAGUGAGAAGAAUAUGGCCCACGAAAAUCAUGAGGUUGCAAAGGUGGCGAAAACACAAGCCGAAACUUCUCGGGAUCGCCAAGCCGACUUCGUCCAGGACUAUAUUGAAAAAGCUAGUAAUAUUGCGCCCACGCGGGUACACAUACCCGAAGGGGAAACCUACCAGAGCAUCGAGCGCAAGUAUGAGUCGAUACGUGAGCAAAUGAGUAAAUUAAGACAACAGAUGGGUGCCUCGGAGGAACAAAUCAACACUCGUGCCACCCAAGCGACUCAGGAGUACCGUGACGCCAAGGAGGGUGUCAAGAACAUCCGGAUGACGUCUGACUCGCUGAAGAAGGCUUUAAUGGAUCGCCUGGCCAAGUAUCGAGAAUUUCAGAGGCAUGUAUCGGCACAAGCACGGUGCAAUUUUGGCUAUCUUUUAAGCGAACGUGGCUUUAGGGGCCAGCUUCUCCUCGACCACAGAUCCCGGAAACUUGAGGUUAUUGUUGAGCCAGACAAGACGCGAGAGAACGGUCGAGGAAGAAAUACAAAGACGCUCUCGGGCGGCGAAAAGUCUUUCUCGUCUAUUUGUCUUCUUCUCGCUAUUUGGGAUGCCAUGGGCUCUCCACUACGUUGCCUGGACGAGUUUGACGUCUUCAUGGAUAACGUCAACCGUGCAAUUAGCACAAACAUGCUUAUUGGUGCUGCUCGUCGCUCGGUAGGCAAACAGUUUGUCCUAAUUACACCUAACGCCAUUGAAGGCAGAGCGAAGCUUGAUAAGGAUGUCAAGAUCAUCAGGCUCACUGACCCUCGUCAACAACGUCUCCCCGAGAUGAUGCAAUAAAUAUCCAUCAAUGUCUUGAGAUCGAAUCCGUGAAUUCUCUUUCUUGGUUGACGAUAGCUUAUGUACGGAGUUGGGGACCCGGGUUUCGUUUCGGAGGUCAAUAUUCGCUCAUGGAAAGCAGGUAUGUUCGGGCUAGCUACGCGGCAAAUGCCACUGAUAGACCACGCGCAGCAUUUUUGGCGCGUCUGGUGGUAUGACAUGUUUAGAGUGAGUACCAUAGAUAAAGAGGCUUCGAUUCAGCCUUAUAUCGAGAUGGCUUUACUAUUAGUGGAUCGCCUAUUUGAUAUGCAACAAGAUGUUUGAAGCUGCUCCUAUGCAUCCAUAUGUGACACAUGGUGAGAAAAUCUCUUCCCAACUGCUAUUGGUACAGAAAUAGACAUGCUUUAUACAUAUACGGGAUAGCUCCAUCUAGCAGUCCAUAUCUACCAUCAUUCAU